ACGAUGCUCCGGAGAAAUCAACGUAGGAAUUUCCAACGAACCAACUACAGCGGCCGUGACCUACAUACUACUUUGUUUGAUUACCGAUGUCAUGGAUCUUAUGACUGUCAAAGUAGAUUCGAGCCCGCUACACAUUGUUGGGUUCUGCAAUGAACCCAACCUUUAUCAGUAGCAAACAAUGUCAGAUAGGUGUAUUCUUUAUCAUUAAAUAUGGGUAAUACAGUAACCACCUUUACACAAGAUCAACUCGAGGCCUACCAGGACUGUACCUUUUUCACACGGAAGGAUAUACUGAGGAUUUUCCGGAGGUAUCAAGAACUGGCCCCAGAUAUAAUCCCUUUUGACAUGACCAGUAAUGAAAGUAGUCAACUGAAAAUCCCUGUGGACAUUAUUGAAAAUAUGCCAGAACUGAAGGAAAACCCGUUCCGUCGGCAGAUUUGUGAAGUGUUUUCCGACGACAGCACUGGAGACAUGAGCUUUGAUGACUUCCUCGACAUGUUCUCCAUAUUCAGUGAGGCUGCUCCACGUGACAUCAAAACUGUUUAUGCUUUCAGAAUUUAUGAUUUUGACCAUGACAACAGUCUUGGUAAAGAGGACUUGGAGAAAACACUGAGUGCGCUGACAGCAGGAGAGCUCAACGAAGACGAAGUCACAUUUGUGGUUGACAAAGUUUUGGAAGAGGUAGAUUUGGAUGAUGAUGGAUGUUUGUCGUAUAUAGAGUUUGAGCAUGUCAUUUCACGGGCUCCAGAUUUCCUCAACACAUUCCAUAUACGAAUAUGAUCCGUUCCUGGAGAAAAUGACUGCUGUUAUUAACCCACUCAGAGAUGUCUGUUUGAGAUUUACACUACCUGUUGGGGAAUAUGACAAUUUAUUGGGUUUCUGGACUUUUAUCAGUCUUGUUGCCAAAAAAUAUCUUCAUAUAUAAAUAUAAACUAUAUUUUACAGAAGUUCCCCCAAAAUCUCCAAUGAUUGAAACAAGGGGAGUAGGCCACAAAGAAAAAUGAGCUUAAUAUAAUGUUGCAGGGAUCAAACUUAAGAAUUUGUUGUAAAUGGCAAUUACAGUUUGUUUUAUAUGUAUGAAACUACCCACCAACAGCAAUUGUUUUUAAAGUGACUUUUUGCAGCAAAUAAACAUGACUGAAAGGUUAUUUUGCAGUAUUUAGACAUAUUUCAAAUGUACAAAUGUUAAGUACUGGCAGAUAAUGUUCUCGAGGUGUAUACAUUUUUGCCGUUGUUGAGCUUGACAGUAAUUUUUAUUGAACAGAACAAAAGUGCUCCCAACCUACGGCAGUUUAUAUCAGUGACGGAAAUUGCAAUUGGUGCCAUCGUUAAGUUUGAGCUGUGAUGUUGUGGUAAUGAUAUUUCCAGUGUAAAAAUAAGGACACACCUGUCACACGGCUGUAGGAGAUGUGAAAAAUGUGGGCUUGCUGUGUUAUUUUACAAAACUUGUCAUACAGGGUAUCUAUUUUAUAUAGCAUUAUUUAUCAAACAGAUUUAUAUAUUUAUUGUUGAGAUGUAUUCUAUUGCACAAUAUUUUGUCCACAAUGGCCUUGCACUUUUGGGGGUUUUAUAGGUUUUUUGAGGGGAGGGAAGGGGUUUGUUUGUUUUGUUUUUAUAGCAGAUGGAAUAAAACAGUUUUUUUGGUUGUGGGGUUAGGGUAGGGCAAAAGCAUUCAAGAAUGAUGCCCGAGGGCUUUUACUGGAUGAUCUUUCUAUAAUUUUAAAAUAGUGACACUGUUGUGAAAUUUGUGUUAUUUGAAAUCUAUGCAUUUGUCGGUCUAAUUUUUCAAACUGGUUAACAGCUCUUUACUUUAUUAAUGAAAAAUGUAUGUAUUAUGAUUGUUCUAAAUGUAUGUACAUAUUUAUUUUGAAUGGUCUGGUUUGUUAAAGUUGCUGUCUAAACUAUAUUUUUUAUUAUUCAGCUCUCAAAAUCAGAACAUCUUGGAUAGCAAUUUAAAAAAAAAAAUGAUGAAAUAAAUACCUGAUAGAUAAAAAUGCUGUUGCAGAUAAAUUUUGCAUCAGUUUUUUGUGGCUGUCCUGCUUUAGAAUAGACCACCAACAAUAUUUUCUUAGAUCUCACUACAUAGUUCACUUCGGGUGAGAGUUCACUGAUCACGGUCCACUAUCCUAAUUGUGACAUAUGUUGUGUGGUUCACAUAAUUCACUUCUAGUAAUUGGGGAAGAAUUAACACAAUAUUUUUAAAUGGUAAGCCUUCUGGAUGGAUUUUGCCUAUGUUAUUUUGUAAUAUUGUUAAUCGACAUUUUGAGACAUGGGUGUAUAGCAGAAGAAGCGCUCGGUGUGACUCGGUUCGAGAACAGGUGUUUCAGACUGGUACUACAGCGAGAUGUGGUCUUAUAGCAAAAAACUAAGACUGCAAUAAAUAAAUGCUUAUAUAAUGUAUGUUCACAGUGGUGUAUGUUGUUAGUGCCAACAAGAAACUGUUCUAUUGGCAGUCUUCAUUUAAAGUUGGGCAAUUUAACAUGGAUUUCAUCUGUGUAGUGAGACCUAACUAUUGAAUGUAGUUCUUUGAAAUCAUUGGUCUAUACUCACUGAAUAAGUCACACACAAAUGUAUUAUAAAUUUGAGAAGUGGGCUGCUGUUCAUUGGUUUGUCUUACAAACUCCACCUGCUAAAUUAGCCAGUUGUGAACUUUAAAAACUAUUGUUGAAUUUUAUUUUAAUUUGGUGAAAUAAUUUCAUGUAAUAAUAGAUAUUUAAAAAUUUUGUUUUAGUUUUUUUUUUUACCAAUUUUUAAAAUUUAAUAGACACUUUAGAAUUUGUGAGCUAGCCCUAUAAAGUAUUAAAAUAACAUCACAUAAAUUUUAUUGUCAUAGAGACAGGAUACACAUAAGGUACAUGGGUCUUAAUGCAAAUUUUUGACUUUAAAGUAAUUAUAUUAAAGAGAAAAUUAAAAACUAACAGUUAUGACUGUCAAAUAGUUAUUUUCUUACUUCAAGAACUAAAUAUAAAUACCAGUAUUUGGCCAGAGCUAUUGCAAUUUAAUUUUCACUAGUCAUUAAAAUUAAAAUUUAUCACAUGAUGCAGUUUGCUGACAAUAACUGGUGAUAGUGAUAAUAUGACUAUUACAGCUGUAGCUGGGUUAAAAUUUGGCAUUAGCAUUAAAAAAAAAAAAAAAGUGUUUCAGGGAACCUAACAAUACUUAGAAAAAAGGGCGGAUCCUAUUUUUCUUUAUAUUCACUGUACAUUUAUUAUUAUUUUAUUAUUAGUAUUAUUUAUUAUAAAUUUUGUUAUUAAUAUGUAGGUGAAGAGAAUUUUUUGGGGGGUACAAAUAAAUCCCAAUUGACAUUACCUAAUUUUUUUAGCAUGUUUACAGAAAUGUGCAAUUUGUUGUUAGUCCUUAGCUAAUGAUGUUAUGUAUUGAGGCAAGCUUGUAACAAAACGAUUUACACAAUCUGGCUAGCUGCUGUUAUUUCCUUAAUACAAAGUCAUUUAAAAUUCAUUUAUGAUGGGGUAGAAACUUGAUUCAUGUAUACAAAUACUGUAUGUCAACUGUGACUAUUACAACAUAGUGCCAUGUGUUAGUUUAUUGUUUUGUAAUCAUUGUAACAAUUUACUAUUAAUUACUAUGUAUUCUACAAGUUUCUAUAUCAACCUGACUGAUCAUUAGAAAAUAGAAAUCAUGUGCAAUAUCUUAUUUAAUCAUUUUACUAUUUUAUUGUUUCUCAUUUUUUGUUAUUUGUUUUAUGUGUGUAUUCUAAGAACCAACAAAAAUCUUAUAUGUGCAAUAAUGUAUUACAUUUUUAUAAAUAAAACAAUUUUAUUAUU